AUGCCUUGGUGGGCAAUCGAGCUGCGAGUGAUCGAUACUCCGGCAAGCUUCUGACUACUCGGAGAGGGCCGGAGCGUUCGGUUUUCAAAGGACAAGUCGUCGCCAGCCUCCGGCGUGUCGAUACCGUCCAAAUCUGAGCCAGCACCCCUUAAACUGAGCUGCCUGGCCCGAUGGCGGGGCCCAGCGCGCUCUGGGAGGCCCUCCAGGCCCUCCUGCCCCGCACCAAAGAGGAGCUGAAGCUGGAACUGGGAGAGAAGGUGGAGGGCAGCGUGGUGAUGCUGCUGCAGGAAGCCGCCGAGCUCUUCCACGGGGGCCAGCGGCGCGAAUGUCUGCAGACCUGCGAGGUUCUCCUGGACUACUCCUGGGAGAAGCUCAACACGGGGCCCUGGCAGCACGUGGACAAGGACUGGCGGCGGGUGUACGCCUUCGGCUGCCUUCUGAAAGCCGUGUGUCUGUGCGAGCCGCCCGGGGACGCCGCCUCCGUGGCCGCCGCCCUGAAAGCCUGCGACAUGGGCCUGCUGAUGGGGGCGGCCAUCCUCGGAGACAUCCUCCUCAAAGUCGCUGCUGUCCUCCAGAAGCACCUGCUGUCCGGAAAGAGGCCUGCCCCCGGCCCGAGCCAGGAGCUCCUGGGCACAAAGAAAGCGAGGAGUGACCACAUGCCGAUUCCAGAUGUGAUGACAGAAAGAACAGUGCCCCGGCUUCACUGUCCAUCCCUCCAGUAUUUCAAGAAGCAUUUUUUGGUUCCAGGGAGGCCUGUGAUUUUGGAAGGCGUGGCCAACCACUGGCCGUGCAUGAAGAAGUGGAGUCUAGAGUAUAUCCAGGAAGUCGCUGGCUGCCGCACUGUCCCCGUAGAGGUCGGGUCCAGGUACACGGACGAGGAGUGGUCCCAGACGCUCAUGACGGUCAACGAGUUCAUCAGCAAGUACAUCAGGAAUGAGCCGAAGGACAUCGGGUACCUUGCUCAGCACCAGCUCUUUGACCAGAUCCCCGAGCUGAAGCAGGACAUCAGCAUCCCCGAUUACUGCUGCCUGGGCGACGGGGAGGAAGAGGAGAUCACCAUCAAUGCCUGGUUCGGUCCACAAGGCACCGUCUCCCCACUCCACCAGGAUCCCCAGCAGAACUUCCUAGCCCAGGCAAUGGGCAGGAAGUACAUCCGGCUGUACUCCCCGCAGGAGUCGGAGGCGCUGUACCCCCACGACACACACCUUCUUCACAACACGAGCCAGGUUGACGUGGAGAAUCCCGACCUGGAGAAGUUCCCCAGGUUUGCUGAGGCCCCCUUCCUGUCCUGCGUCCUGUCCCCGGGCGAGGUCCUCUUCAUCCCGGCGAAGCAUUGGCAUUACGUGAGGGCCCUGGACCUGAGCUUCUCCGUCAGCUUCUGGUGGUCGUAGCUGAGAGCAGGGGGCCGGGCACACACAACAUGCUCAUGGUCACACACAUCCUUCACACUGUGCCCAGCCCAGGGACCAACUGCCUGAGGACACCUUUGUCAGAGACACGUAGGCCCAGGGGUGGCCCGGCCACUGUGGGUGGCGGAGGCAGGCAGGCAGGCCCCCAGGAGGACAGUCCAGGUCCUCAACCCACAUGGAAGCUCCUGGGCUCCGAGCUGGGCUGCCUGGAUUCAGGCCAGGGGCCCAUCGCUGAACUCCUGUGUGGUUUGGGGCAGGCAACUCCGCUGUGCACGUCUGUCUGAAACACAGGGCAGCGCUGGUCCUCGCCACAGAGGGCUCCAGGGAUGGGCACGGGCAGAGCUGUGCUGCAGACCUCAGCUGCUGUCACCAGGCCGCGUCAUUAGUCCGGCUGUUAACACCAUUCCGUGCUGACUGGUCCAUCAGGACAGCCGCAGCCUGCGGGCUCUGGAGCACAGUGGCCGUGGCCCGGUCACGGGCGGGGGGGGACCCUCAGUGUCUUGCUCAGCUCAGGCCUCUGCUGGGUGGUGAGGAGUCUGGGGUGGUUUCUGUCUUUGUUACCCAAGUGUAACCUGCCUUCAGAGAAGUGCUCACCCCUGCUCGCUUGGUGGAUUUUCCACUCUGCACGCCCCCGACCAGUUUCCAGUCAAAAAAGAGAACAUCUGGUAGGCCCCCCUCCUGCGCCUUGCUGUCUCCAUUACCCAGGGGUUACUACUCUCCAAAGAGGGUUUUAGGUCAGGAGAGACCCAGGCUUCAGACUUCACAUAAACACAUUUGUUUCAUUUGUAUAAAACAUGGCUGGUUUUCUUCUGA